CCAGCCGCCUCCACCAUGCCGCCUAAGUUCCACCCCAACGAGAUAAAAGUCGUGUACCUGAAGUGCACUGGUAGGGAUGUCAGUGCGACAUCUGCCCUGGCCCCCAAGAUCGGCCCCCUGGGUGUGUCUCCAAAAAACACUGGUGAUGACAUCACCAAGGCAACUGGUGAGUGGAAGCCUCUGAGGAUUAUAGUGAAACGGACCAUUCAGAACAGACAGGCCCAGCCUGAGGUGGUACCUUCUGCCUCUGCCCUGAUCAUCAAAGCCAUCAAGGAACCGCCAAGAGACAGAAAGAAGCAGAAAAACAUUAAGCACAGUGGAAACAUCACUUUUGAUGAGAUCGUCAGCAUUGCCCGACAGAUGCUGCAUCGGUCUUUAGCUAGAGAACUCUCUGGAACCAUUAAAAAGAUCCUGCCCAGUCUGUCGGCUGCAGUGUUGAUGGCCACCACCCUCAUGACAUCAUAG